GGAAGCGCAGAUAACCCCAUCACGUUUUUUUUAUGUCAUGUGAGUGCACACAGUAUUUCAGGUAUGAUCAAAUAACUUUCUCUGCAUGGUCUUGGUCGUGACUGUGAGCUUACACACCCGCAUACUACCGCACUAAACAGUCGAAACAGCACGCCCCUUGGGUUACUAUAGUUACCGUACUGUUUAGUAGGGUAGUAUGCGGUUUUGGACGUAUAGCCCUGCAGCUUUCGGUCUGUGCGCGCUGACAGCUGGAGCCACGCGGCGCAUGCGCAGUGCGAUCCCCACUGGCUCGGUGCUGAAGUUGGGCGGAUGGCAGAAGGGAAAAAAACCACGGUGAGCGCUGAUGGAGAUAAAACGGCAGGGCGUGCGUUCGCCGCGUGACAUCGCGAAUAUUGGCGAAAAACAAGUGUAAAGUCACCCCUUUCGGAAGAGCAACGCCGGGAAAACGAGAGGAUGUUUUAUCCUGGUGUACCUUGUCUUUGCUUGAAGAGGAUUUACCUGUGAAUACCAGGUGUAGCAAAUCUACCUCUACCCACUGCACCACACCUUCUCUUCAAGCAUCUUCAACCAGUCAUGGUAAGAGAAGAAAGGAAAGGCUACCAGCGCGUUUAUAUCCCUGCACUGUUCCUAACACAACUGUAUCACCAUGAGUCUUCUGCCUGAUCUGUGGAUAGAGAGCUGCUAAAUUGCAUGCUGACUUUGAGGUAACCGGAAGGCGGGUUGAAAACUUGAUGACUUGAAACAAGACUGGUGGGUAGGUGUGGCAGGGUGAUCAGACAUGAUGUCUUAGCCGCAGAGUGUGAGUCGAGUUGAGAUGAGGAAACAGCAGCAGGCCCACAUUGAAGGACCCCCUCAGGCUCCCGGGCAUCCGAGACCGAACACCUGCUGUCUGUGCUGGUGCGGCUGCUGCAAAUGCCUCUGGAAUGAAGAGAGCAGGGAACAUCCUGAGCGGCAAACAUGUACAAAAAUGGACAGCAUAGAAGCGGCAGAGGAACAGCAUCCCACGCUGGAUGAAGUUGUAGCCUGGGCACGAAGCUUCGAGCUCAUGAUGCGCUCCUUGGAGGGCAGAGACAUUUUUCGUCAGUUCCUCCGAUCGGAGUACAGCGAGGAGAACCUGAUGUUCUGGAUGGCUUGUGAGGAAUUAAAGAAGGAAACCAACCCAACGGCUAUAGAUGAGAAAGCAAGGAUCAUUUAUGAGGAUUAUGUUUCUAUCCUCUCACCAAAAGAGGUCAGUUUGGAUUCCCGGGUGAGGGAGGGCAUCAACCAGAGCCUGGCAGAGCCCAGCAGCCUGAUGUACGAGGAGGCACAGCUUCAGAUCUACACGCUCAUGCACAGAGACUCAUUUCCACGUUUCCUCAACUCAUCUGUUUACAGGGACCUCCUGGAGCGAAAAAGAGCCUGCUUAGACACCUAAGGUUCCAGCCAAAAACUCGAGACAAAAAAAAAAAGUCCUAAGGUGCCACUACGGAAAGGUGUGAGGUUUCCUAUACAUAGAGCGAGUAGUUAAGCAAUUCUUACCGUCCAGUAGUGAGCCCGAAGUUCACUUCCUGUUUAAGUGCCAAUAUGAGCUGCUCAGCCAACUGUGACAAAAAGAACCGUGUAAGGAAACUGUCCGAGCCCUACUUUCCCUUCUUUACUUCUCCUCUUCCCUUUGUCUGUCUGUCUCUCUCUCUUUCUCUCUUUCUUUCUUUGUCUCUCUUUCUGUACUCCACCUGUUCUCUUUUCACUUGCCUCAUGUGUUUGAGGACAGCUGAAUAAUGAUCAUUUUCAUGAUUGGAUAAGAGUUGUUACAACAGGUAACACCUGACUUUGCAUGAUACAAGAUUUUGGAAUUGGUUCUAGCUUUGUCGUUUAUAUACCGGCAGAACUGCAGUGGUUUUCAGAUAAGAACUGUACUUCUUAUGCUGUCAUGAAGAGUAAGCCUUUACAGCUCUCGUUAAGCUAAGGGAAAAAAGUAGUUUUGCCAAUUUUCAGUUGGAAUCAUUGCCACUGUCAUCCAUCUGCCCAAUUUUGCGUCCGUUUUAACAACUUUUUUCACUGGGAUAUGUAAGGGCUAGUGAUGUGGUUGGGCAGCUAAACAAAACACAAACAUGACUUUCCUCUACAAAAAUCACAAUGCCUCGAUAUGAGUUAAGGGCACAGAAGCUGCUGACGCUGACCAACAACCACAGUUAAUUGUGCGCAUCCUCCCAGGCCCUCCCAGUCUACCCGUCCCUGAGAGAAGCACAGGUACUGUAUGUCACUCGUUGUAAGCAUUGCUGGAUAAAGAGUUUUGCUUGAAAUUAAAUCAGCAACAUCUCAGAGGUACAUGAGAGAAUUAGAACUGUCAUUUACAUUGAAAUGCCUCUUUUUUUUUUUUUUUUAAAGCAAGUCUUAAGGUUGUGAACACUGCCUUGUUGUUAAAGGCGUCACUGUAUUUGAAAUGAUGAUUUCUGUCUUUGUUCAGGCACUGCACAAUGACACAUUUUCUCAGAGGUUAUGUUAAGUAACAUACUUCUGGUUUUAAUAUAAAAAGGUUUUUCUUUGUGGACUGAUGUGUUUUUGAUGGUUCGCUGGUUAUAUACAGUAUGUAGGCUUCGUGGACUUGUCUGGACGAAGCUCAAGAAGAAUUUUGUCAGUUGUCCGCAUUGUUGUAAUAGUGUUUUAAAGAGGCCACCAGAAGCAGUGCACAUCCUCUUAGCAUGCGUUUAUGUGUUUGUGUACCGAAUACGUCAGAAAACACACUCUGAAUGACCACUACGGAUGAAAUCAUGCUAGCCUUUCUUGAAAGCGUUUCUAAUUUUUGUCCCAGAAAAUGUCUGAUUUUUUUCAGCUCAAUUUUCUUAGAUUCAGACUUUUCAGUCUUUUCAGAAUCUUGCGCUGUCAACUUGAUGCCAAUUUAUUUCCAGUUGCAGCAGUCAGUGCAUGACAAAACAAUAUGUAAAUGCCUGCUUGGUAUCGCCACAUUCUCGGCUCUUAGCUUUUAAUAAGAGUAAAUUAUAUCCUUGUACAACACUUGAGUUUGAAGAUGGCACUUUAAUGAAAUGGUUUGCUAAUUAGUGAGGCUGUUUUCGUUUUACUUUUUUUGUGCUUGGAAAAGCACUUAAAGUGCCAAUCUCGAGCUGUACAAUAAUUCACUGAAGACCUUUGUCACUCAACCAGCAUUGCACUGAUGCCAUUUUUAAAAUCACUGUUAAAGCAUUAGUGGAUUCACACAUCAGCCAAUGCGAAGAGAGAACUAGGUCAGCCUGCAAGCCUUUACACAUUUUACUAAAAAAAAAAAAAAAACUGCAUGCGUUUCCAGGACUUGGACUUGAAGUGAACUAGAGUGCAUUAUUUGGUCACUCAUCAUUCAAACCAUAAACUUGCUGAUUCGAAAGACAAUAAGGGAAAUUUACUGAUAUAUACAGUAGCUUUUAUGUAUUGAUAUUUUAAAAAAAUACAGCUAGAUUUUAAAUAGCGAGAGAUAUGUAGUGGGAAUACGCGACAGUGUUGAGUCAUCUUACGUUAGUGCAAGUGUUUUGGCCUUUUAGAUAUCAGUGAAAUGAAAGUCUGUGGUGAGUAUUACAAUAAAAGCGGUACAAGCCCACACUCAGCGUGCCAUUGUAAGCCCUUCUCUUCAUUCAAAACGAUGUGUGCCAUUACCCUGAUUAGCCUUGGCAUACAUCACAUAUUACCAGUUUAGAAUUUAAAGCAUGCAGCCUCUUUUGAUGGGUAUUUUACACUUAAUACACACCUAUUUCUAUUGAACUUUUUAUUAUUGCUGAAGCAUUGGGAAGUCAUGGAUUUGAGUGUUUACAUUUAAACAGUGUGCCAUACAGUUUGUAAACAGUGAGUCAGCAAGGCACAGAAUUUAAGAUGAUUGCCUGGAUGGGUUUUUUUUUUUCCUUCUUUUUUUUUUGGAUGUGUCAGAUAAAAAAUAUUUAAAAGCUGAAAAUGUUCCAGCUCCAGAUGUUUGUGUUUUGGUGGUCAAGCGAAAAAUGUGAUAAAGUUAUCCAUGACAGUUUUUUUUUUUAUCUUUUUAAUAUUCACUGAAAUUAUCAGACAUGUAAAUGCUUAUUUUUACCUAAGUUAGUGAACGGACAAAAUAGAAUGAUUUCUGACGUAAUAGCAUCUUUAGAUACCAGAUAUUGGAUAUACUGUUGCUGACAUAGGAACUGAUGUGUGAUGUCAUGGAUUAAUUGACACAUUUCAUUUUUAUGCUUUGGCUUGAUUUUAUUCUGCCAUAAGAGACAGAGUUUUUUGCUUGAAGGCUGUCUCAGGGAGCAGCCAAUUAUUGACUGAUAGUCACAAAACACAGCAUUUUUUGAAACUCUGCAUUUCUUUCUGAAAGGCUAUUUUGUUUAACAUGCAGAAGGAACUCUUGUGUGAUCAGACGAUCUUUGUAGUGACUGACAUGUCUCUGAAGAUUUUUAUUGGGUUUCCUCUACCUCUCAUGUUGCAUUUUUCUGUUCACGUUUAGUUUAAUUUGUUUCUUUUAAACUACUUGAAGCCUAACACUGUAAUUGACAUGUGCACAUGUAUACUGAGGUUUGACCAAGAGUAGCUAUUAUUUUUUAGUUUUUUGUUUUUUUCACUCAGCAUAAUUAGAUAAAGAUUCAGGAAACACACUGUUUAAGGGCUAAUCCCAUUUUGCCUAUGCAAAUAUGUUAAGUGUCAGAUCGGGGGAUACGGUGGUCGAGUGACGUUUUUUCAAGGAAUAGGAUGGAACAUGGUUUACAUUUCCCUUUGCUGAUAUUCUUCAGUCUAGGUCGGAAAAUAUGUUCUGUUUAAUUUCUGUAUAUAAGACUUUAUAUAUAUAUAUAUAUAUAUAUAUAUAUAUAUAUAUAUAUAUAUAUAUAUAUAUAUAUAACAAGUAUACCUUAUUGAUAAAAAACAUACUCAAUUAACAUUCAAUUAAAUAAAUUUGUGUUGUGUCAGCUGUGGUUGUUUUUAACAUUUAGUUGGAGAAAAUGCACACACUCAAUGUACAAGUGUUCAAAAAUAUUUCCAAUGCAGUCGGUCACAGGAAGUUUUCAGGUGUGAGAUGGCAUCAGUACCAUAUGUAACAAUCCAGUCAUAUAGAAUGAGCGAAUUGACACUCAGCAUGUGAAUUUCUUGUUUUAAUGGUGCUUCAGUCUCUUUGACGGAGAUCGAAGGACUGUUUUAGGCACUUUAACACGCUUUCCAAAAAGAAUAUAUCUUCCUGUCUACCUCUGUUCUUUUUCAUUCAUUCUACCCUGCUUGUUGACCAUCUCACACCUCGCUCAUGUCACAUUUUCAGUUCAGAGGUAUUAACUAAAGGUGAAAGUUUUUUUUUUUUGUUUUGGGUGCCUUUUUUUUAUAACUGUGUUCCUGCAAAUUGCACCUUAUGUCAAGAACAAAAGCAACAUAGAAACUCCACAGAGGAAGGUUUAAACGAGUUUAAACUAAUGUAAGCUCAUACAUUAUGAGUCUGUCUUAGUGAGAGGGCCGAGUCCGCUUGCAGGAUGUGUGGUCCUAUGUUUCCUUGUCGCUGGGGUGUUGGUGUUCUUUUGCACCUUUAAUGUCUGUAACCUGAAACUGUGGAUGUAGAUUUAAUGAACAGAACUGAACUGCAAUUCUAACAUAAACUCACUACAACUUUCUAGGUAAAAGUUAAACUUAUGAAACAUACUGUAUAGUUUAGUUCUCCUUCAUGCUAAAAGUGAGUGACUCAAUCUUCUUAAGGAAAUCUAUAAUAUAAUUCAUAAUAAUGUAUUGUACUUAAAAACUUUACAGUUUUUUAAAUAAAUAAAUAAAAAAAAUCCUUGAAUUAGAUCCAACUAAAAUAAAAAAAAAAACAUGAUGGUUCUGGUGAUAUUAUUCUCUAUACACUGCGCCUUCUGCUAGACGGUCAGUAUAACUUCCUAGAAGUGAAAGACAGGCCAAUAACGCCGUGUGACCACGGAAAAAUAUUGACUUAGUGUUUCACCUUGGAGCCGCACCUUUACAUUAACCAGUGUUUUA